UCUACGAAGAACGGGAUAGUGUGUAUAAUUUUUAUCGUACGUGUGAUACCAUCGCGCCCAGUUUGCAGUUUUAAAUGACGGACUAUAUUUGAACUGCAAGCGCAGUCAGUGGACCAUACAAAGUAGUGUUUAAUUAGCCCCGUUACGACCGGCGUCGAAAGAAGGAAACACAACACACCGCGUGAAAGUUGCGAACGAACGGCGACGACGACAAGGAUCAUUGGAUCACAAGGCAGCCAAUUCAGACAAAAUGGAAGUCGAAGCCCGACCUGUGCAGGUGGUGGAGACGGGUGAAGAUCACAGCUUCGUGCUGAACGAGGAAGCCCUGUCAGAGAUCCUGAUGCAGCCCAGCGUUAAGGACCGAGCGAUCGUGGUGGUGUCCGUGGCUGGCGCCUUCCGAAAGGGUAAAAGUUUUCUACUCGACUUCUUUCUGCGCUACAUGUACGCUAAGUAUGUGCAUAAACAGAGUGUUUUGGAAUGGUUGGGCGAUGAAGACGAGCCACUGUCCGGGUUCUCGUGGCGUGGUGGCAGUGAACGCGACACUACCGGUAUUCUGAUGUGGUCCGACAUUUUCCUGCACGACAGAGCGAACGGCGAAAAGCUAGCGAUCAUACUAAUGGACACACAGGGCGCGUUCGACAGUCAGAGCACGGUGAGGGACUGUGCGACCGUCUUUGCCCUGAGCACAAUGCUCUCGUCCGUGCAGAUCUACAACCUGUCACAAAACAUCCAAGAAGAUGACCUACAGCACUUGCAGCUUUUCACAGAAUAUGGCCGCCUGGCGCUGGCCGAUUCGGGCAAAAAACCGUUUCAGCGAUUGCAGUUUCUUGUGCGGGACUGGAGUUUUCCAUAUGAGGCCGAGUAUGGGGCGCAAGGAGGCCAGGUGAUCCUGCAACGAAGGCUUGAAGUGUCGGACCGGCAGCACCCGGAGUUGCAGUCACUGCGGCGACACAUUACCUCUUGUUUCACCGAGAUCGCCUGCUUCCUGAUGCCACACCCCGGACUCACGGUCGCAAUCAAUCCCAGUUUCGAUGGGCGUUUGUCAGACAUUACGCCCGAGUUUAAGCAAAGCCUCCGGGAACUGGUGCCGAUGCUGCUCGGGCCGCACAAUUUGAUCGUGAAAGAAAUCAACGGACAGAAGGUAAAAGCGCGCGAUCUAGUGCAAUACUUCAAAUCGUACAUGGCGAUCUACAAGGGCAACGAACUGCCGGAACCGAAGAGCAUGCUGGUGGCAACGGCCGAAGCGAACAACCUAACGGCGGUGGCGGCCGCCAAAGAGAUCUACACUCAGCUCAUGGAAGAUGUUUGCGGUGGUACCAAACCGUACCUCAGUACGGGCCAUCUGGACUCGGAACACAGUCGUAUCAAGGAGAAAGCAAUGCAUCAGUUUUCCUCGAAGCGAAAAAUGGGCGGCGAAGAAUUUUCGGAAAAGUACCGCGAAAAGCUGGAACAAGAUUUGGACGUCACGUUCGAGACGUUCCGGGCGCACAAUGAGAGCAAAAAUAUCUUCAAAGCAGCCCGGACACCGGCCGUCUACUUUGCCAUCGCCGUGGUCAUGUACAUCCUGAGCGGCAUCUUCGGCCUAGUGGGGCUCUACACGUUUGCCAACUUUGCCAAUCUCAUCAUGGGUGUUGCACUGCUCACCCUCGCGACCUGGGCCUACAUCAGGUACAGCGGCGAGCUGGGUGAUUUCGGUGUACGGUUAGACGAGAUAGCGAGCAUGCUGUGGGAAAAUAUUAUGAAACCGAUCUAUCAAUCGUGUAUGGAGAAGGGUAUCCAGCACGUAGCAACUCACGCAACGGAAUACGCUAUUAGCGGUGGCACUGCGUCAGGCAAUUCCGGAAGACGCCAGCUAAACGGCAAAGUUAAGCACUCUUGAGAGUACGCUUUAUUGACUGUAAGUCGUCGUUCUGCGAGCAUCGUCGGCAGCGACGGGAGGAGCAUGCUUUCGAACCGCUGGAUGCCACCAUCAUCAUCAUUCGGCUGGCUUCGGGAAACAACACGAUCGUGGUGGUCCCCUACAUCCUGGUGGACUUGCGACGAGGACAAAGAAAGAGCUAUCGCCGCUAACACCAGAUCCCAUUAUGACAUUACAAUUGGAGUAUCGACGAUCGCAGCAGAAGACAGGGAUUACAACAGCCAGCAGUGGCCACUACCCACCACCACCAACAGCCAUGGGUCAGUUUCGUCCUGUAUUGCAUCAAAGUACCGCAGUUGGACUGCGACGGGCACUAGUAACAAACGAAUCGCAUACAACAGUAGCAUAAAGUCGGAAUUUUUUCACGAAGCUGAACGCCAGCAUCGAUACCGCAACGACGCUAGCAGCAAUGGGGCGUUCGUUACAAACGAUAGCAUCACUAGGUUUAGUAAAUUUAUCAAUAUCAUUAAGGACACCUUCAGCAGCAGCAGCAGCAACAACUACGAACCGCUAAUCGAGCAGCACCACGGUAAUACUAUAAGCAGCAGCAGCAUUGGCGGCAAUAGUAGCACACGCCCUCUGGUAAUAAGAUCAUCUCCCGGCAUACCCAAAACAACAUACAGAGCACGUUCGUCGGAUCAGUUCGGUUUUGCGGUUCCGUCCGCAUUUAGGAUUCAUAAGCGGUUUUUGUAAAUGCUAAUAAUCAGAUGCUGUUGUAUGGUGCGGGCACGGUGAGCUCAUUGCCAAUCCUGUUGUGGACUUUCGACCUUUCUCUCUCGGUCUUUUUUUUAUAUAUCCCUCACUUGUGCUCGUAUUUUGAGGAUCUGCAUUUUUGACGUAGCAACAUACAAUGUUAUCUUUGCAAUAUUUUCUCAUUUUUCGAGCAAAGUUUGAGCAUUUUGAAUCCAUUUUUGUUGUAUUGCAGCCAAGAGAAGAUGGGGUUUCUUUGUUGUAAAAACUGUGUUGAUGUUAGACCCGUUUUGCUUUGUGUUAGAAAAAGGAACUUCUUUGUAACUUAGUCUCGAAAAUUUUGAUGUUUUUCACAUGUAAUUGUAUAAACUGAACCGAACUUGUUGAAAAUUGAACAAAGAUAAUGAAAAAGCUAUUAAGUGGUAGUACCAGACACACACACAGCAUCACAAACGAUCAGAAAAUGUGCCAAAGGGAAAAGAACUUUAUCACAAGCGAAAAAAAAUACCGCGGAGGUUCGCAAAAUCGAGAGACACCGCAAAGGAAGGAGAGGGUACAAUCCGUUAACUUUUGUAAUUGUUUUGAAUGACAUCUAUUUUUAUUCAUCAUGUUGCAAGGUUCAGCCCGUUGCGGCGCAGUUGUCUAGUUCCAACCCACACACGGAUUAGUUCUUGCAUACCGGGGGUACCUUUGCUGCCUAAACGCAUUAUUUCUUGCCAAUUUUGUGCUUCUCUCCAGCCCUGGCUUUAGCGAACUGCACGAAACAUCAUAAAACUUGGCUUACCGCCUGCAAAUGACCAACUGUGCAAAUACAAUUGAGAACAGGACCCGUCUCGUGACGUUAAACCGAAGCAGAAAAGAAAAAUUGAAUAACGGACCGAGCACAUCUCGCCCCAGAUAUCGCCAUCGCCAUUCAAACGAAUUGAUUAUGUUUUUGAUAGGAUAUGUUUUCAUUUGUAUGUUUUUUUGUAUCUUGUUAUAUGUGUACGAUUAUCCUGUAGGGUGCAAAGCAAAAAUUUACGAGUACUUGUACAUACAUAUAAAUACUGCUGUAUCAUGUCGGACGAUCGAAAAGAAGGAAAGAACCAACAAAUGGAAGUGCUGUUUAAACAUGUUUACGUUUUCUACUUUUAUUGACGAUCCAGAUCCCAACGUUGAAUGUUUGUCGUCGUCGUUGUUCCGUCGUAUUUCCCCUUUUUGUGUUUUUAAACCGUAUUUUAAUCCAUCUUUACAUGUGAUUCCGACUUCUUGCGAUGCAACUUACACUCUUUCGCACCUUUGUGUCGCGUACAGAAGCGGCUCUUAUUGAGGCGAGGUUAUGCUGUCGCUAGUGAAUAGCAAUAUAAUGAAGAAUCAUAGCUAUUCCACCGUGAUUGGAAGAAUGUUGUCGAUGCGCGUAACUUUGAGUUUAGUAGUACAUCCGUAGGCUAGAAAAACCGAAUUACGAAAUUACUAGCAGCAACAAAUGAAAGCUAAAUAAAAACUGACACAACCAUUCAAAGCUUUGAUAUCCAUGUCUUUUAAAACAUUCAAUUUUCGGUGUCGCCUGAAAUACUAAACAAAAUACACCUUCGAGUGAUGUCAUGUUCUCUAUCAUCCGUUUUUCGAUAGACUCACCAAAACCAAUUACCUGCCGUCUGUUAAACGUGUUCAAACUUACAAAACGUGCCGCAAGCGAUCUGUUCAGUUCAAGCAGGGCACCGAAUUCGAUCGCUGGUUAUACUAAAAGCUCAAGUCAACACUCUUCAACGGACAAACCAAGUGGAAAAAAUAAACUGUGCUAUGUGUGAAGAUUUAAUAAAUUGAUGUACAU